CAUUGUUCUGCAGUCGAAACAGGAAACGUCGUAAACACAUGUCRCACCUACCGGAAGUUGAAUUCCUAAGUCACAUUGACAAGGAAACCCGGUCACGAAAAUAUUUGGACCUCUGAUGAAACACCCCACUACUGAUGAAUUUAUUUAGUUGAUYGUUGAUGAUGUUUGCCUUGAGAGUUGUCCCACGAUUAUUAAGUAGAACAACCUAUGGAGUUCAAGUUCAAGGAGGCAUUCUGAACACAUGCCUUCCGUCUUCCUGCUCAUCGCUACAGCAGAAACAAAGAAAUUACUCGACAGCAGCAGACAACACGCGUCCUCCGCGAUGGGUCCAGCUUGAGCCGGAGCUGGAAGAGGCUCUGGUGCCGCGGAAGCUUUCAGUGAGUCCGCUGGAAAGCUGGCUAACUCUCCGCUACUCCCUGCCGCCGCUGCUGGAGUCAGCGCCGCYGCAGGAAGACAUAGAGCUGCUGCAAGAGAAGCUGCUGCCACCRAUCUCUGUGCCUGUUUUGGAGGACGGGGAGGGCUCUGCAACACCCAUGAGAUGUAAGAAUGUUUUAGAGAUCCGGCGGCGAAAGAUUAACCGACAUAAGUACAAGAAGCUGCAAAAACGGACUAAAUUCUUGAAAAGGAAAGUUUUGGAGGGCAGGGGGAGAAGAAAGCAGAAAAGAUUUGAGGAGGAUCUGAAGAGAAUAUGGAAGAGAGCCGGACUGAAGAAAGCUCCGGACGGCUGGGCCACACCCAAGAUCUUUAUUAAACAACAAGGAAACAAAAGGAACUGAGAAACACUGAAAUCAAAUGUUUAGUMUGUGUUGCAUCAUUCUUCCCACCGGCUGAUCCUGAACACCUCUCUUCAUCGCCACGUCAUAAGGUCACGAUCUCUGUGGGUGCGGUUAAGUUCUGCAAAUACGUCGUCUAAAUAAAGAUCUCACUCUUUUCACUCGAAA